UUGUGCGAAAAAUUAAAAAAUUCACGAUUUUAGUUGCCGCAACCGUUAUGCUACAACCAUUACAUUCCACAAUCACGUCAACGCUACCUGUACCGUUACAGUAACCGUCACCAUUAUUUAAAUCUUUGGCCAUGGCGAUAUAGGAAAUAUUUUCCUGGUGAAGUUUUGAAUUUUGAAGUUUGCAGUUUAAGAGACGCCAAUAUUAAUAGCAGCAAAGAAUGGUAUCAAUGAACUAGAUCGUAUCCUCGUCGAUUUUCCUGAGGCCAUACAUGAUGUGAACCCAGAAGGAAAGAAUUUGGUGCUCUUGGCAGUGGAAAAUAGGCAACCUCAUAUCUACAAAACGUUGCGAGCAAAAAAAAAUUUCACUGAUAGUCUGUUGUGCUGCGUCGACAAUGAAGGAAACAAUGCAUUGCAUUAUGCUGCAAUGCUCAAAACCUAUCAGUCAUGGGUUGCUCCAGAUGCUGUGCUUCAAAUGCAAUGGGAAAUCAAGUGGUACCUGUUUAUUAAGGAAACUAUACCAAAGCAGUUAUCGGCUAGCGAAAACAACAAAGGCAAGACCCCGGAAGAGAUAUUCAUGAAGACACAUAGUGAACUUGUGGAUUUGGACACAAAUUGGCUAAUGAAAACCUCAGACUCAUGCACCCUCGUUGCAACACUGAUCGCAACAGUCGCCUUUGCCACUUCAGCCAGCGUCCCCGGUGGCGUUGAAGGAAGGAAUGGGGAACCAGUUCUCAGACAACAGGGCAUGUUUGAGGUCUUCGCCAUCGCAUCACUCGUGGCUCUCUGCUUUUCAUGCAUAUCUGCAAUCAUGUUCCUCUCCAUUCUCACCUCUCGACACCAAACCAUGGAUUUUGGUACCGACUUGCCCAGGAAGCUCCUGAUUGGUUUAACCGCCCUCUUCAUAUCAAUAGCUUCCAUGCUUGCAUCUUUUUGCGGCGGACAUUUCUUCAUCGUCAAAGACAUAAUGAGAGGCGCAAGUAUUGCUGAAUAUUUUGUCGUACUUGUACCUGUGGGAUUUUUCUUGGGCGCGCAGUUUCCACUCUACUUUAAGCUGAUGUUAGCUACAUUUACCAAGGUCCCUGAGCGUGGCUUCAUGCUAGCUUCCAAGAUCCAAGGGGGAGAGGCGCCAGGUCAAAAGAAGAAAAAACCCAAAAAAAAAGGGCGAGAGGCACCAAAACCAGAAGGACAAACUUCCCUUAACUCCACUCCUACCAGCUCCACACCAGCACCAGUAGUCCCACCUUUAGCACAUCCAUCGAACCCACGUCCUAUGUCAUCAAACUCUGUUCCAGAUCAAGUACUCCCAGCUUGAACACCACAAGCAAACCCAAGUUCUACCUCGAACCCGAGCCCGCAGCAGGUUGCUGAUUCCAUGUGUGUCUUUGUUGUGUGUGUGUUUUCUCUUCUUGUGUCCCGACUUCUUUCCUUGAGUUUGAUGAUGAUCAUGAAUAAACUUUGGAGUGAUUUUUAAUUCAGUACUUUAACAAGUGACCAAGGUAUAUGUAUGUCUCGUCGUCUUAAUUGGUCUGGCUAGUGAGUUGUUCUACUCCCUGUUUGCUUGUUUGGUUUGUAAUAAUGAAAAACUUUUCAUGAAAAUAAUCAUGAAAGUUUCGUGACCCUUCAAUUACAUUUAAAAUAAAGCACCACACACUAAUCAAGGUAAUUCAAGAAUCAUAAAUUUUUCAUGAUCAUUUUCAUGACAAAAUUUUCAUGAUUCCUAACUUUUCUCUUGUACCAAUAAUGCUGGUGCUCGGUCAGUCACAUCACAUCUUCUUC